CCGAAAAGAAACUUUCAGUUGCUUUCAACUCCACACAAGAGCAGAUGCAACAUUUCGGCAUGUUUGGUGGAUGCUGCGUGCUUCUCUUCGUCUUCCUCUCAGGAGGCGGAGCUUUCCUGGUGCGCCAUCCUUCCAGUGACAAGUGUUUGGAGGAGCGUCGGUAUCCGAGGGGCAGCCCGGUUUUGCGCGCUUGCCGCCCGUUCUCCAGGGCCCAGCAGUGGGCGUGGAAAGGGCGUGGUCUGUUGGCCUCCGAGCUGACGUCCAUGUGCCUGGCGGUGGGCUGGCCCAGCGCCACGCUGCCGUGUCACCCACGGGCCGAGCUCCAGUGGGGGUGCGACAGGGACACGCUGAUCGCCAGGAGUUCGCCAAUGGCGCCCCCUGUGGACUGGUGGCGACUUGCGCCCUCCAGACCUGACGCGCACGAUGGAGGAGAAGAAGGAGGAGAAGGAAACCUCUGCAAACCCGACAACUUCAGGCUGCGUCGAGCGUCGCCGGACGACAAGCGGCCAUCGGCGGAAGGCGGCGACGAGAAGAAAGCGGCCGUGACGGACCAACAGAAAGAAUACCUGCGAUGGUUUUAUCGCACCGAAGACCCAACUGUGUGGAAGUUUGCCCUGUUGGGUUUGGCCUUCGUCUGCCUUCUGGUGGGCUUCCUCUUGCUGGGAAUGGGCGCCAUGGCUAGCAGGAACAGGAGGAAGAUCGCCAAGUACAAGGCGGCGGCGGCGGCCCAGAAAGGCGAAGACCGGACGUGGGCGGCAGGCGACGACGACUGCGCUCGCGCGCCGCCGCCGGCGACGCCCUGCAACGGCGACAUGAAAGCGGGGAGCAUCGUGGUGACGUGGAAGGACGGAAACACUUCGUGCUUGUACAACGACGACCCGGACCGCGCCGAGGUCGAGGCCGAGGUCGAGCUGCCCCAGCCGAGCGAGGGGGAGAAGGCGCGAGUCCAGCGGGAGGACGAAGACGGGGAGGAAGAGGAGGAGAUGAAGGAUGGACGAGACACAACACAACUGGCGGCGAUGUCUACUUGACACUUGUAAGCACGGGUGUCAAACUGGUGGCCCGGGGACAAGAUUCGGCCCGCCAAAUCAUUUUCUUUGGUCUGCGAAAGCGAAACGAAAUUCCGUUACGAUCCUGUUUGGAAAAGAAAUGUAGGACUUAAUGACAUGUUAUUUUUAAAUAUACGUUUUUGAUUUUCCAACUAGUUAAUCAUAAAUUUCUUGUGGAUAUGAUUUUAUGAUAUAUAAUAUAAAAUUCAAAACAGCCGCCGAGGGAAAUCAAAUCUGCGAUGUGGCCCAUAACAAAAAACGAGCUUGACAUCCCCGCUUGAAAGCCUUUGAACCUUGUGAUGAUGAUGAUGAUGAUGAUGAUAUCGAUGAUGA